AUGGUGAAAUUCUGGUGGAUGUUCAUAUUAUUCGCUAAAACAGCAUCGUCUAGUGAUAACGCGUUGCCAGGAACUGAGGAACGAAAAGAGUCCCGUUUCCUGCCUUUGUAUGAAGUAAAGAGGUACGAUGGAAGGCCGAGCGGCCCCGGCAUUGGCCCCGUUGGUCUCCCACCCCUGACCACUGUCCCGAUUGCCGGGGAACGGUGCUCGGCCCGCCUCGAGUCCGCUUUGGAUCAGCUGAAGAGGAAAAAGCGGAACCAACCAAAGAACCUGGAUCCUCCCUUCAGUCAAAGUAUAGACCUGAAUGGCUACAGCUUGUACCAGCAGAUGAGGUCAGCCCCAGUAGACAUGUAUGUGACUAGAAUGCGCGUGCGCCUACCACAAAACAGCAACUGGGUGCGAGUUGAAAAAUGUUACUUCGACCCGAGAAAUGUCUCUUUGGACACUAUGCUAUUAUUCCACGACAUAACAAUAAGCGGGAACGUGGAUUUGUAUGAUGCUAAUGAAUUAGACCGGGGGAUUCCGCCAAGUAGGAGAUUAAGGAGGAACUAUGCAGAGCGUCCUUAUCCUGACGACCAUUACUCUAGAAACAGAGGAGGCUGCAAUAUGAUCCUCAGAUUAAGGAAAGCCGGUAUAGGCUUUCACACGAGACCACUUAAUCAACAGCCCGGGAAAUUUAACGUCAAAACUGAUUCAGAGUUCGUCGAACCAGGAUUUAUAAGUGUUUAUGCGUACGGCUGCGAGAAGUACAUAAACAGGAAUUCUGUUAGAAAUAAAGACAACUUGCCUUUGAGAAGACGAAGAAGAUCGGACGAGUUUUCAUUUGAAUCUCAUCUUGAUAUGCCUUAUAAGGACAAUUUCGAUAGUCGAUCAGCUGAUAAUAAUUGGGACAUAGUUUAUGAACCCCGGAGUAGGGUGAACUAUGAGAGAAGCAAGUUAUUCCGCCCUGAAGACGAUUUGGACGAAGUUGAAGAUAUUUCUCGAGAAAUGGAAGAUAUCUUCACGAAAGGAAUUAGGACAUUACUCACCACUUAUAUGAAGAAAGAGCUUCAACCAGCUAUUAAAGAUACUUUAAUGCGAAAUAUGGGUUACGUGAUAUCAUAUGGUUAAACAACAUAGUAUAUAUAGCUUUUUAAAUAGUAAAGAAUGUAUAGAUAUAUUUAUUUACGGUUUUGGUGGGGUUGUAUGCAAUUGAUAU